AUGCUGACGGCAGUGUGGGUUGUCGCUUUUCGAUUCGCCAUAGUUCGACAGCUCUUCCCGAAAAAAACUUAUUACUUAGCUGCAGUAAUGUUUGCCGUUGGUUAUUCCCUCAUGUUCGUUUGUUACUUGUUGAUAUUGCUUACUUUGGUCAGGGGAAGGAAACGAAAGGGCCGUCUGGGAGCGCAAUCAUCCAUUGAUGUCAAUUUGAAAGUCGAACGGCGUGUUGCACUAACACUGGCUAUUGUGAUCAUUUUGUUUUCUGUCACCUGGUUUCCGUUGAUUGCUGUUUUUUUCAUCACAGGAAAAUCUCUGGUUGAAAAGUAUGGUCCAGCAUACAUGUGGAUUAGAUCUUUGGCUCUCUCUAACUCUGCUAUGAACUUCGUUGUUUACAGCGCAAGAAUUCGAGACUUCCGCGAUGCCUAUAUCUCGAUAUCCCGCAAGAUGUUCGGUUGCUGA